GGCUUGUUGUCAUUGGCUGAGACCACAGUGUUUCAGGAAGUAGCCUGUUCAUGGACUUCUUGCCGGUUAUUAUUUUUCACAAAUAAAGGCGAUAUUUUAAACAGGAGACGAAAGAUGAUGCGAAGACCCCGAGCGACAACCUCUAAACCUGUGAAUUACACAGAUGAGGAAUCAGACCUGUCAUUUUCACAGACAGUGAGUGAUCAAGAGGAUGGUGACGAGUGGAGACCGCAAGAACCAAAGCCAAAGGUCCCCAGCAAGACUACCAGAACCUCUGCAGAAGGGGCAAAGAAGAGAGCUGCCACACAAACUGCUAAUCCAAAGGAACCAAAACCACCUAAAGUGCCCAGAGUGCCAAAACAACCUAAAGCGCCCAGAGUGCCAAAACAACCUAAAGCGCCCAGAGUGCCAAAAGAACCUAAAGCACGGACAUCACGGAAACCAGCAGGGAAGUUGGAUUUCCCAAAGGUUUCCAAUAAUCCUGUAGCUUCUGUGUUGGCUGGAACAAAGAUUACACAAAUGGAUGACUGUAAAGCAGGAGAACUCCCAGAGAGAGUAAAGAUAGAAGAGGGUGAGCCAAGUUUCAGAAUGAAGGAGGAGAGAAUCUCAUUCAUUGUCCCAGAAGCCUAUGACAGUGAAGAAAAGCCAUCAGUAGCUGAGUUUACCUCAAAGAAGGAGGAAGUAAAGGAAGAUUUCACAUUUGAUGAGCCCUGUCUAAAGAAGCAGAAGACCAGUGGAUCCUGCCAGGGACAAUCAACUGUCUUCCCAUCAUCAUAUCCACAAGCUCUAAGGAAUGAACUUAAUAUGAACUGGGACCUGACAGAGGUGUUGUCCUCCCUGACAUGUGUCGAGCGCUGGGUGUGUGGAAAUAUUGUUGGGCUGCUGCGUGAAGAGAACACAAUCCCUUUUAUCGUGCGCUACCGCAAAGAAAUGAUCAACCACAUGGACGCAGAUGCUGUUCGUGAUGUCCAGUUGGUAUAUGAAGAAUUAUGCUCUCUGGCAAAGAAGACAGAGUCUGCAAUUAAGACCCUGACGAAGGAUGGGGUUUUAACAACUGAACUGGAGCAAAAUUUGAGGAGCUGCAGAUCGGCUGAUGAACUGGAUCAUGUGUAUUCUCCCUAUAAGAAAGGAAGUAAGCUGACAAAGGCACGUAAGGCCAAAGCACUUGGUCUAGAGACCGCCACGCUUGCAUUGCUGGAGUCGCCACACACCCUGGAUUUAAAGGAGUGGGUUAAACCUGGAACUGAUGGUCUGUCCUUAUUGAAGGACGUUGUGACGGGUGUGGAGAACAUCUUGGCUGAUAUGAUCGCCAAAGACCCCGACACACUAAACCACAUAAAAACAUUGUGUGAAAAAAGCCACGUGACCAUUCAGUCGUCUGUGUCGAAAACAGCGCUGAAAGAAAAGGAGCAAGAAAAGCCAGCACAAGCCCAGAAAAAGCCAGGGGACAAACAAAACAGAAACAAAGACAUAGACAAGUUCAGCCUCUACUUUGACUUCACCAGCAAUGUCCAACGGAUCCAGUCACAUCAGACCCUGGCUAUUAAUCGAGGUGAAAGUUUGAAGAUUUUGACAGUAAAGGUGAACAUUCCUGAUGGAGUGAAGCGUGACUUCACCUUGUGGUGCAUCAAUAGGAGGUGGAGGACGAAGACAUUUGCAAGGGAGGAGCUCCGUGCAAUCAUUAAAAAUGCAGUCGAGGAUUCUUAUAAAAGGCUUAUUCUGCCUUUCCUCACCAGGAGUUACAGGAGUAAGCUGACAGUUGCAGCAGAGAAGGACUCAAUAGCCAUGUUUGUGCGAAACCUCCGUCAACGCCUGUUGGUGUGUCCGGUCAGGGGCUGCGUCAUCAUGGGGGUGGACCCAGGCUACAGGCAUGGCUGUAAACUGGCUAUUCUUUCCCCCACUAGUCAGAUUCUCCACACCGAUGUUGUCUACCUGCAUAAUUCAGGCCAACGGAAAGAAGCAGAGAAACUACGCCACCUAAUGACCAAAUAUAGUUGCAACAAGGUUGUCAUUGGGAACGGGACAGCAUGUCGUGAGACGGAGUCUUUCUUUGCUGAUCUAAUAUCCAAGCGCUAUUUCCAACCUCUGGAUGUGUCCUACUGUAUAACAAAUGAGGCAGGAGCAUCCAUCUAUAGUGUGAGUCCUGAGGCGGUCAAAGAGAUGCCAGACCUGGACCCAAACAUGAGGAGCGCAGUGUCCAUUGGAAGGCGUGUCCAGGAUCCUUUGGCCGAGCUAGUGAAAAUUGAUCCUAAACACAUAGGCAUUGGAACAUACCAGCACGAUAUGUCAACUGGAGCUCUGAAGGCGGCGCUGGAUGGGGUCGUGCAGGAGUGUGUGAGCUUUGUCGGUGUGGAUAUCAACAUCUGUUCCGAGCAUCUAAUGAGACAUGUAGCUGGUCUGAAUGCUGGCAGAGCAAAAACUAUUGCUGAGUGGAGAGAGCAGAAUGGGCCCUUCAUCAACAGGGAACAACUCAAACUGGUUAAAGGCAUGGGGCCCAAGACCUACCAGCAGUGUGCCGGCUUCAUCAGAAUCAACCCACAAACUCUACAUAGUGUCAGAUUCUCACCUCAUCCUCCACCUGCAGUACCAGAGAAAACAGUCGGCAAGAAGAGCAAGGGAAAAACAUCUGUCAACAUUCCAGCAUCAUUUAACCCACUCGACCAGACCUGCAUACACCCUGAAUCUUACCAUGUCGCACAAAGCUUUCUGUCUCUGAUUGGCGGCCGGGCAGACCAGAUUGGGAGCGCGGAACUGCGAAACUGCGUGGACAACAAGCUCAGGGUCAGCAGUGUUGAGGAACUGGCAAGGACCAUGAACACCACCUCAGAGACGGUCAAGCUCGUCAUAGACGGGCUCACACAGCCACCUGGCUUUGACAUACGUCAAAAUUUUGACCAGGCAGACUUUAAGCGGGGCAUUGUCUCGAUCAGUGAUCUUCGGGUGGGUGCGGUGCUGACGGGCCGGGUGGAAAACACAGCUCUCUUUGGGGCUUUUGUAGAUAUCGGUGUGGGCCGCUCAGGCCUGAUCCACAAAAGCAACAUCACCAUGGAUAAGUUUACUGUGAGCCAGCGCCGCCGCAGCCUGGCACUGGGACCUGGAGAACGGGUUGAGGUCAGGGUCCUGAAUGUGGACCCUGGGAAGGGACGAAUUGCUCUGGACCUGAUCAGGGUUUUGCAGUAGUA